CGUACAUUUACGCGGUAGCAAAAGAGAAAGUAACGAGGAUGGUGCGGGCGGAGCGCGGGGCGGCGGGCGCGAGAAACAGCGGCGCGGGGCCGCCGGGAACGGGGACAAACCGGAGCGCACAGCGCCGGGGGAUCUUGAGUUCUUCCUAAUUUGCUAGCUUUCAGCCUCCUCAUGCCUCCGUCUCCCUUAGACGACAGGGUAGUGGUGGCACUCUCGAGGCCGGUGAGACCUCAGGAUCUCAACCUGUGUUUAGACUCUAGCUAUCUGGAACCUGCCUCCUCCGCUGGCGAGAGCCGCCCCGGUCUGCUCGGCGCAGCCGUCGUGUCCCUCAAGACUGCGAAUCUCACGUAUAUGCCCUCAUCCAACGGCUCUGCCCGCUCCCUGAGUUGUGGAUGCAGCAGUGCCAGUUGCUGCACUGUGGCAACGUACGACAAGGACUCUCAGGCCCAAGCCCACGCCAGCACCAGCAGCGCAGCAGCCUCCCCUUCCUGCCCCGCCAACCAAAUGGUCAACAGCAAUGAGAGCGCCGGUGGCCUGAGCCCCCUGGGCGGGGUGGGCAGCCCGGUGUCGGGUGGCGGCAAGCAGCUGGCCAGCAUCAAGAUCAUCUACCCCAACGACCUGGCCAAGAAGAUGACGAAAUGCAGCAAGAGCCACGCGCAGAACCAAGGGCCUGUCAUCAUCGACUGCAGGCCGUUCAUGGAGUAUAAUAAGAGCCACAUCCAAGGGGCCGUCCACAUCAACUGCGCUGACAAGAUCAGCCGGAGAAGGCUCCAGCAGGGCAAGAUCACCGUCUUGGACUUGAUCUCGUGCCGGGAAGGCAAGGACUCCUUCAAGAGGAUCUUUUCCAAAGAAAUCAUAGUAUAUGAUGAGAAUACCAAUGAGCCGAGCAGAGUAAUGCCUUCCCAGCCCCUCCACAUAGUGUUGGAGUCCCUCAAGAGAGAAGGCAAGGAACCCCUAGUUCUAAAAGGGGGACUCAGCGGUUUCAAGCAGAACCAUGAAAACCUCUGCGAUAACUCCCUCCAGCUGCAAGAGUGCCCGGAGGGGGGAGGUGGCGGUGCGUCCGCAGUGCCCCCCACACUACCUCAGUCCAUCCCCACCACGCCGGACAUCGAGAAUGCCGAACUCACCCCCAUCCUGCCUUUCCUCUUCCUCGGAAAUGAGCAUGAUGCUCAGGACUUGGAGAAAAUGCAGAGGAUGAACAUAGGCUAUGUAAUCAACGUGACCACCCACCUGCCCCUGUACCAUUACGAAAAAGGCAUGUUCAACUACAAGCGGCUCCCAGCCACUGACAGCAACAAGCAGAAUCUCAGGCAGUAUUUUGAAGAGGCUUUUGAGUUCAUUGAGGAAGCCCAUCAGUGUGGAAAAGGUCUUCUCAUUCACUGCCAGGCCGGAGUGUCCCGAUCCGCCACCAUAGUUAUUGCAUACUUGAUGAAGCACACGCGCAUGACCAUGACGGAUGCCUAUAAAUUUGUAAAAGGCAAACGACCAAUCAUUUCCCCUAACCUUAACUUUAUGGGGCAGUUACUGGAGUUUGAGGAAGACCUAAACAAUGGCGUCACACCCCGAAUCCUCACACCAAAGCUGAUCGGCGUAGAAACUGUUGUGUGAUGGUGAAGCUGCAAAGAAGGGGUUCAAUGAAGGGGGUUAGCCCGUUUUUCACCUGAUUUAGGGCAGUCAGGGGUGGGCUGUGGGGUUUUUUUGUUUGUUUGUUUUUUUAGCUUUUGGGCGGGGAGGGGGUUGCAGCAAACGUUUUUGUGAACAAAAACCUUUUUUUGUAAGGAAAGGUUUUUAAAAGAGAUCCAAGAACUUGGCCAUGUUUGGGAUGCGGUUGUGAUUUCCUUCCUGGGCACUGAUAGAGCAGAGAAGCUUUGGAGCGAGAGGAGUAAUUUUUAAAAUCCAAAAGCCAAGAAGAAAUAUUGGGCUUUUUUUUUUGUUGUUGUUUGUUUGUUUGUUGGCUGUUGUUUUUUUCCUCCUCUUCCUCUCCGGCUCCUCAUAGAGUUUAUGGCUAAGUAGUCUGUGCAGGUUCAUAGACUGAAGAAACCUAAGCUGAAGACAAAACACAAACAGCCAAAACAAAGCAGAAAAAAAACUUGCUGAAGCAUGAGGGCCUUCGUUCUGCAAAGGCAUUGCUACAGAUCACCUGGCAAAUCACUCACUGACACAAAGGAGAUCAGAGCAGCUUAAAAAGUCUGCAGGCACUUUUCACACUCCUGACUCAAACUAAAAAAUGAAAAGAAAAUGAGUUUAUUCGGCGUGUUUCAUGUUCCAGUUCUAUUUUUCUAUCUUGGGGUGUAAGGUUUUAACAGAAAGGGACUUGGAUCAUUCUAUGCCAUAUGCCUUCACUGGCUUCUUGUGCAAUAAUAAUUUGGGAUUUAUUUUAAGUGUUCAAUCCAAUUAGAGUUGGCUGCCCACUAAUAAUAAGAUAAUUUUUAAAGUCUAAUAGUGCAAUGGCAGCUGGCUUGGUUCAGAAGGGAUAGGUGAAAGUAAUUAUUUUGUUCCUUUAUAUGAUUUUGAUCCUAGUUACAGUGCCAUAAACCUUGUUACAUAUGUAUAUCAGAAUGUACAAAAAUCGAGAACGAGCAAAGUUUAUUUAAAAAUAUUUUUCGCACAAAAUCUUGGUGUGUUUCAGUUGUCUAUGUAAAAGAAAUUUGAUUAUAAAAGCAAAAAAUCCUUUGGGAAAUGUGUGUCCUUUUAUUUCUUUAGCAGUUUUCCAUUUGCUUUCUGUCGGAUGGGCUUUUGGUUGUGCUUGAUUCUUUUUUGGGGGGGGGAGGGAUUUGUUUUUGUUUGCUUUUUCUUUUGCAGUGCACAAUGCCCAUUGACAAAGCUGGUAUCUUUUGUUUGACAUCUCUUCUUCAGUGUCCUUUUCCUGUCCUCUGCUGGUGGAACGUGUUUUCUGUAUUCCUUUCUGUACUCUCACAUCCCUUGCUUUCUGUAGCCAUGUUUUUAAUCUCCUGGAAAUACACCAUACUUGGAGCUGUUCAGAUGAAUUUGCAUGACUGAGGUGGGCUUUUUGGGACAGACCUACAGCUCAACAGUUAGUUAAAGAAAAUAACAAGAAAUGAACGUUUUCCAAUGAUUCCUUUCCAUCUUCCUGCAAUUAGCUUUCCUUAUGUGUUUCAGAACUAAUUUCUAUUGAGAGAUGAGUAUCCUUCUGGUUUUAUUUUUGUCCCUGGCCUCUCCAAAGCCUGCUCUGUUAGCAGUUCCUGCUCCUUUAGCAGUUCCAUGAUCCCUGGUCCUUCUGGAUCUUUUCCUUCCCUUUGCCCACUUUUCUUUCAUCCUUUCCCAGUUGUGUUACUGUUAAGUGUGGUGUGUAUUGCGAGGCUUCUACCCAGCAAUGUACCUUAGGUGGCUGACUUCUUUUGCUUUCUUUGUUUGUAUUUUUUUUUUUUAAUUAAAUUAAUGGUAUGGUAUAAACUGAUCUCUUCCAGACUGUUACCAACUUAAAAUAUGAUUGAGUCUAAAAUGAGCUUAAAAAAACCCAUUUCUCGUAUGAUUCUCUUGUACAAGCUGAUAUAUCCCAGGAAGCCUCAUAGCCGUGAAGGUUUUUCCUAGGUGAAAACCAAUGUGGACUGAACCAAGAUUAAAACAGGACCUGUCAGAAAACUUAUGUAUAAUCACAUUAGACAUGUAUAUUUUUGUGGACAUUUUACUUCAAAUGUUGUUACUAUACCAAUAUUUUCUUGAAACGUAUCCCUUUAUUAAAUUAUUUUUCUACUGGAA